GAAAUGGAACUAGGAAACCAGACGAGAAUCCAAGAGUUUAUCCUCCUGGGAUUCCCCACCAACAUGGAACUUCAGAUAUUGCUGUUUGUCCUAUUCCUUUUGAUCUACAUCCUGACGCUCCUGGAAAAUAUUGUAAUCAUCAUCCUCAUUAGGACAAACAGCAAGCUCCACAAACCGAUGUACUAUUUCCUUAGUCACCUGUCUUUCCUGGAAACUUGGUACAUCUCUGUAACUGUCCCAAAACUUCUAGUUAACUUCUUAUCAGAGAACAAAAGUAUCUCCUUCAAUGGCUGUAUGGCUCAGCUGUACUUCUUCAUAGCUGUGGUCAGUACCGAGUGCGCCCUCUUGGCUGUCAUGGCCUAUGACCGCUAUGUUGCUAUUUGCUGCCCAUUGCGCUACCCGGUCAUUAUGACGGCUCGUCUGUGCUUCCAGCUGGCUGUAGGAUCUUGGCUGGCUGGCUUCCUCAUCUCUAUGUUCAAAGUGUCUUUCCUUUCCCGUUUGACCUUCUGUGGACCCAACGUCAUCAACCACUUCUUCUGUGACAUUUCACCCUUGCUUAAUCUUGCUUGCUCAGACCGGACAAUAGCUGAGAUGGUGGAUUUUGUAUUUGCUCUUAUCAUCUUUGUAAUUACACUGUCAGUAACAAUUGUCUCCUACAUGUGCAUAAUGAAGACCAUUUUAUGUAUCCCCACUGCCCAGGGAAAGAGAAAAGCUUUCUCCACCUGUGCCUCACACUUGUCUGUGGUUGUCAUUUAUUACUCAGCUACCCUCUUCAUGUAUGCCCGACCAAGGAGAAUCCAUUCGUUUAAUCUGAAUAAGUUUGUGUCGGUUGUGUACGCGAUUGUUACUCCUUUGCUGAAUCCCUUCAUUUACUGUCUACGGAAUCAGGAGGUAAAGGAAGCCCUGAAAAAGAUUUUUUGUUCCAGCUUGAGUGCUAACUCUAUGAUGAGUGACCACUAA